AGUAGUCUCAGAGAGACAACAGCGAGAGUCUUGUCUUCGCUUAGGACUCUGGCAAAAGCUUUGGUGUGCGCGAGGAAGCAGCGGCAGUCUUUUUCUUUCUUUCUUUCUUUGUUUUUCUCGAAACGAAAAUUUGCCUCUUAUCUUUUCCACGAAUUUUCGGUAUUUUAGUGCGCUUGUAUAAUUACCUACGCUCUUACAUACAUUUUGUACUUACUAUUCGUGUACAUAGGUGUAUAGGUUGUACAUACACAAUUAAAAGUAUGGCUGCACUGUUUCAUCGCGCGCGAAGCUUCACCGGGAGGUCCGGGAGCCGGGUAGACGAAGAGGACGAAGACUUAUUUGCGACAAUGGCAACUACAAUUAACAGACCACGAACGAUUAAGAAGCUGGAAAAGCCUCGGCCGCUGAAGAUCAGCCAACGUAGCCCAACGACCGACACGCGGAUUACGACUGUCGAUGACAUUGUUUCACUGAUUGACAAUGUGGCCAUGCACUUGAACAAUGGCUUUUACGAUCAGUCCCUGCAAAACAACAUCGUUAGGAUGUGCAAUCAUCUGAAGCUUUAUUCCCAGCAAUUGGAAUUGAUUUACAAAGAUCAGCUGGAUAGAGCAUUCAUUGCUAUCAGAAAUGGUAGCCAAGACGAAAGAUUAGACAUGACGACCAGGGUACACUUGUUGGAACUGAUAGAGCUAAGAGCUAAACAAUGGCACAACAAUGAAUCCAUGCAUGCCUAUUAUUCUCAGAAACUUUCCCAUUUGGAUGACCAAAAUGAGCUGCUGACACCAGAAACCCCAACGCAUUUGCUGACGCCUAACUUAGUGCCCAUGAACUCGGCCUCAUCACCUCUAUUGGGACCUGGUGAAGUUAUUAAGAAUAGUGGCAAGUUUGUGAAGCCGACUCGUAUUCCUGGUAAAAAUUACUGCAAGGAUGAAGUUGUCAUACGAAAUAGUGAUUCCGGAAAAGUGAUGGGAAUAAAAGGUCGACGAGUUCACAUGAUUGAAGAACUUAGCGAGACAAUCAUCUCCUUCCAAAGAGUGAAUCCUGGAGCUAAAGAACGACUUGUCCAGAUAACGGGUACUUCCGAGGACAAGAUACACUAUGCGAAAGAUCUAAUCAAAGAUACAAUUCAACGAAACGCAUCACCAGUGCGACUCGAACAAGGUGGACGAGAGAAGAGUGCUAUUGGUGGCUCAAGUUCUUCCCUGAAUAGCAGUAAUUCGGAUGAAAGUAACAGACUGCAACAGCAUCAUCAUCAACAGCAUCAUUCUAUGCGCUCGUCACUUCUCCACAGUCUGUCCACCAACGACGCCAGUAUUGGCGAAUACAAGUAUACUGUUACAGUAGGACCACAUGCUAUUAAAAUUACUGGAAGUAAUUUGGAUAUUGUUCGGGCGGCCAAGUUAGUUCUUGAUGAAUAUUUUUCUGAGGAGUCUGAGCAUUUCAAUAGUGGAAUAGCAUAUUUCACAUUUAACGAAGACCCAUUUGCUCAAGCUACUCCAACAACUCCUAGCACUCCCCUGUCUGCUGGUCAGGCAAAUUUUCCUAGGAGAAAUUUAAGUUAUGAAGGUAGCCCAGCUAUGGAUACUGCUAAAACUAAAGGUGCUUGUAUCCCUGAAAUUGAACCCAAAAAAAUUGCAUCUACGGAGCUUUCAUACGAGUUUUUGAUGCAAUGUGCUAAGGGUCCGUUUGCUAAGCGACCUCCAGCUGACUGGGACCGCAUACAGAAAGAGCAUCCUAAUAUCGUUCGAAAGGCACCGAUUCGCUGGUUCGAACCGGAAGCAUAUAAAGCAAAAGUAGCUGCAACAGGUUUCAGUACCGUGAUAUCUGUUGGUGAAAUAUUGGAAAACGAUCCUGAAUAAACUUGAACAGUUCAAGCGAGUAACAUAAGUCGAAAAGUUUGGCCAUGAAAAAGUCAAUCAAAGACAACUUUUGAAAAGGAUACUCAUUCAAACGGUGUGAUCAAAAGUUCGAGGACUUACGCUACCAAUCGACUAUCAUGAAAAUAAUAGACGUUUUUUCAUAAUGAGUCCUUUCCAGUCAUCCCUCAUGAACUUUUUUUUACGUACAUAAUGUGUAUAUGCAAUAAUUUUAGUUUGUAUUGGAAGUUUUACGAAAAAAUGGACUGUGUUCCAUGAAAGGUAGCUGUAAAAAAUAAUGUGCAAGAAACGCACACCUGAUUCAUAAACUUGUUUGUAAUAAUUCAUAAUCUUUUAUUUCAAAUGUUACAUUAUUGAUAAAACUGUAUAAAAUUAUUUUUUAAAACAAUGACGAGUAGUAAUUUUUGGAAAAUUUAAAUUUUUAGGCACAGUUUGUACAACUGAAUUUGCUUCCUGCAUGAUAAGUAAUUUAUGACGUUAGAUAUUCUUACGUCUUGAGUAUUUUAUAAGAAACAAAAGUUUUAUUUCAACUAACGUAAGAUUUAUCAAGUUUUCCUUUAAACUACCCUUUCAUGUUACAGAGCAAUAAUUUAUUUGUAAAUGCUUCUGUGUGAUCAGUGAACUUAUGAAUAAGUACGAGCUUUCGCUUCUGAAAAAAAAAAAAAAAAAAAAAAAAAAAAAAAGGGUUUAUACAGUUCGAUCUGAUGACAAAAUUGAGUUGUACAAAUUUUGAGUAAAAAUAAGUACACAUUUAUUAAAUAGUCUAGUCCCAUUUUCCUUUUUUAGUUUUGAUUAAAUCUUUUUCAUGAAGUGACGUGUCAAAAUGGAUAUUAUACAUACACUAAAAAAAGUAUAAAUUGUUAUAGAGCUUCGCGUUGACAUAAAAUUUAAAAAUCUUAAGAAUAUAUUAAGUUUGUUGAAGCUCGAAAUUAAAAAAAAAAGCUUGCGUAACGCGAACAAUUUGAUUGUCCCGUUAUAAAUUUAAGCCUAAAAAAUGUGUUGGAAUAUGGCGACUUGCAUUUUUUUAGUCAAUUAUUUGAAGAAGAUAAGACAUUCGUAAAAGUAAGUAGAUAAAAAUUCCCAACAAAAUUUGUUAAAAAAAAAA